UUCUAUCCAUUCGAACAAGUGUGUUAAACGUAGUCUAAGACGUAAAUUUAUCAAGGAUAGAACUACCUAUCUGUCGCGUAGUAUCUCACUCUCUAUAUAAUAAAUAUCAAAUUUUAAGAAAAAAAAAAAAACAAAAAAAUCCUUUAAACUAUAUUCUUCCUUAAUAGACACGGCUUAAAAAUCGCAUUUAAACUAAAAUAUAAAUAAAAAAAAAAACUUUUCUUAAAAUCCUUAAAUUAAGUGUAUAAGUUUGAUAUAUAAAAAAAUCCUAAAAAAAUCCUUUCUAAAAGCUAAACAAAUAAAUAAUAUUCAAAGACAAUCUGCUUUUCCCACGCGAUACAGUUGUAUUCACAAACAUUAACAAGCCUGAUGUGAAAGUCCGAAAUAUUAAAAUUCAAAAUGUCAAACUCCUUGUUUUUGGAUGAAUCUAAUGGAAAUGGGCUUUUUGCUGGGAAAACACAUCAAGGAACAAACUUAAGCAUAAAUAGCUCCCUACCGACAUCGACUUCUAAUGAAGAUCUUAGUCAGAGUCUAUCGGAGUAUACGGAUGCAGAUGAGAGUAUGUCGGCCCCAACUGAGUUUUUGGCAGAGUUCCUUUCCGCUGUAAUGUUGAAAGACUAUAAAAAAGCCUUAAAAUACUGUAAAUUAAUUUUACAGUAUGAACCAAACAAUGCAACAGCUAAGGAGUUCCAUCCCUUAAUUGUAGAGAAACUUAAAGGUGAAGCCUUAAGUGACAGCGAUGAAAACUACAACAAAUCAUCAUCCCCCGAAAUGGCUUUAGAUCAAUCCGAAGAGGAUGUUUCAAAUGGCAGUGAAGAAUCAAGUGAAUCGAAUCAAAUCGAAGAUGCUGACGGUGAUUGUGACAAUUCAUCGGGAGGUGAAAUUGCCGAUGGCAGCCGUCGUUCAAGCUCAAGAAGCAGUGGCCUUGCUGGUGAAAGUAUUAGUGACUCAGAAGAUGUUAUAAGUAGUGAUGAUUUGGAGGACAAUAAUUUGUGUGUAUUGAAUUCACGUAAUUCCUCCAGUACUGGAGGAAGUCGCAGUCGCAGUGACAACACAACACAUUCAUAUUCUAGUUUGUUGCUGGAAGAAGAAGACGACAUUGUACCUAAUACAUUGCAUCUAUCAAAGGAACUGUCAAAUCAUGAUUUGGAUAUAAGCAAUGGAAAUAAGGUUAAUUCAACAUCAUGCAGUGACUCAGAAUCUCCAACAGAGCCUCUCACUCAACGAUUGGCCGCCAUUUUACGUUCCAAAUGUGGUGUAAAUGAUGGCAACUAAGAAACAAAAAUCCAUCUUUCAAACAAGACUUCCAUAUGAUUUUGAUAUUAUAUCCAAAAACAACAAAACUUAGCAAAAUCCGGAAACGAACAAAGUACAUAAAGGUCUAACCAAAAAAAAAUUCAAAACAAACGAAAAAAAUUAAUUAAUUUCUUUUUUAAUUUUUAAAUGUCAAGUUAUCCUUUUGUAGACUUUUCAAGUCUACACAUUUUAAAAAACGUCAAAUCAAAAAUACCUAAACAUGCAUUGACAUUUGGAGAGAAUUGCAAUAAAUGGAGUAUAAAUGUUGUAAGUUUCUAACCACACUAUAUUGUAUUUUUAUUAAAAAAUAAGACUUUGAUGGAUUAAAAAAAACAAAAUAAACUAUGUUAAACAUAUCGUACAAAGGUAUAUGAAACGAAAGAGAGUAUGUCAAACAAGAAAACAGAUGAUUUUAAAUAAAAAUUUAAAAGAAAAAACGAGAAGCUGGAAUAUGUUAGCUUGGAUGUGUCUCAUACAUUGCACAUAUACCCUGUUAAACAUUAAAAAAUAGAACCCUAUAUAUAUAUACAUAUAUAUAUAUAUUUAUACUAUAAAGAAAAAAAAUGUAAACACAAAACAUUCAUAUACAUAAAUGUAAGUUAAAUGUAAUUUUUUGAAACAUAUACGAAACUUAGAGAAAUAAAAACAAAUAAAAUAAAAAAAAAAAAAACAUUAUAAGAAAAAUGUAGACUUUAGGAUUUAUGUAUAAGUCUUAUUAACCUCUACAUAUUUAUAUGUGUCUAUACAUACAGACGGUCCAAAAUGUCCUUUUGUUGCUAUUCAUUAUUAAUUUAUUUUAGUUUUCUAAAUUUGAAGAAAUAAAUCUUAAAAAAUUUGUUUAUUUUUUAUUUUUCAACUCUAUAUUAAAAAUUAUACUCGAAUAUACCCUUUAUUUUAAAAUUGAUACAGAAAAGAAACUGCAAAAUCAGAAAAAAAUAUAUAACAUUUUGUGCAAUAAUAUAACAAAACAACUUGAAAGAAAUAACAAUAACAUUAUUAUUAUUAUUAUAAUUAUAUCUAUUUUUAAAAUUUAUUAAUAUAUAUAUUAUAUAAUAUUUAAAAUAUAACGUACUAAGAAUAUAACGAAAGACUUAUUAUCAACUGAUUUGUAUAAAAAAACAAAAACGAAAUGUGUUUGAAACUUAUUUUAUUUUUUAAUAAAAUGAAACGCUAAGCUAUACGAAAGAAGAUGAGCGGGGAAAUUAUUGUGUUUUUCUUGAAAACUAUCUAAAGUUAAGUGUAAUUAAAUCUCAAAGACGUUUAUUAUUUACAAAUUAAGACUUUGGUUCUAUAAAAUCUGCAUAAUGGACCAAGAUUCAACAGCAAAUAUUAAAAAAACCUAAAUUUAGCAUGGUACCUACUCAGUUAAUAACAGAAAAGUUAUUCCUCAAAAAUACAGGGUGUAGAAGAAAUUUUAUUCUUUGUAAGUGUGCUUUAAAUUUUUUAAUAUCUUUUUUGCCUGCUCAAAUAUUAAUUUUUAAGCUUUUCAUU